AUGCUUACCGGAAAAUUGUGUUGGCUUUCCGGAGAGAAAAGAGAUCUUCUAAAACUCCUUAACUUGCUAAUCGAAAUCCUCGAGCUCUUUUACCUCUACUUGUCUAUCGUCACCUGCCUCUUCAUCUGCAUCAUGUUCCUGAUUCUCGCCGGAAUUCGGUAUUCGGAGAGACUCCAUGAAGCAGCUCUGAGCACCGUUUACAUGAUGCAUAGCAUCCUGUUCUGUGUCUCAACCGUUCUGAUGAUCCAUUCCGCGUGGGUCUCCGAAUUCUUCAUCUCUCUCGGAUACGGAUUGGCUUCAUGUAUUUCGAUUCUUAUGUGUGAAUGGGUCGCAACCGUUAUGUAUGACCUCCAGGAGAAGCAACUGCAGCGUCUUCGUGCCAAACGUGCCAAUAACACCCCGGACUUCAUCGAAAAAUUGACAAUCGAUAUUACUUUCUAA